AUGGAGCUAGAGCAGAUGUUGGAGGGGCAGAUGCAGAUUUCACAAAAUACUCACUCUGAGUAUGGUCUCACAGAUAACGUCAAGAGGAUAGUGGAAAAUGAGAUUAAUUCAGAAAAGUGAUUAAAACAGAAAGUGAAUCUCUAGUCUUUGCCAGCUAGUGCCUAUCUGGAUCGGACUGUUGUGACUCUCUUAUUACAGGGACUUGAGGUGCUUGCAAAGGAAAGACCACCACAUCCCAUUGAAUUUUCAGCAUCAUAUCUUAAAAAAACAAAACAAAACAAAACAAAACAAAACAAGGCACAGUUUGAAGAUCAAAACUGA